GAAGUCAGGAGUCUCACUGUGAGUGGAGUUGAGUUGAUCCAUUUGCCCGAUCUUAAAUAAAACCACAUGGUCCUAGAUUCCCACUUGGGAAAUAUUUGUAUUAGUUGACAAAUAAACUGACAAACAUGUGUCGCAUUGGUUCAAGACCCAACUUUUAAUGGCUUCAGUGCUGGGUAGGAGACACGAGGUUUCCUGAUUCGGCAGUAGGGGGGCGAACUGAACGGUUCGGUUGGCCGGAGUACCGGAGAGUGACCACCAGCGACAGACCGGACCAGUACACCCGGCCUCCGGGGCAGCCACAGCUCCGAUCCGUGCGCCUCGCCGCUGAAGCAGGAGCAGCGCUGCCGCCAUGCCGCGAUCCCGGCGUGACAAACGAGUUUCCUUGACUAAAACGACGAAGAAAGGAUUACAGAUCAAACAAAGCUUAAUCGAGGAGUUGCGAAAAUGUGUGGACAUCUAUACAAAUCUCUUUGUCUUUUCCAUUGAGAACAUGAGAAAUAACAAAUUGAAGGACAUGCGGUGUGCCUGGAAACACAGCCGGUUCUUCUUUGGUAAAAAUAAAGUGAUGAUGGUGGCUCUGGGAAAAGGACCAGCAGAUGAAUACAAGAAUGGUUUGCACAAGGUCAGUGAACAUUUGCAAGGUGAAGUUGGUCUCCUGUUCACCAACCGCACAAAGGCAGAGGUGAUUGAGUGGUUUGAUCAGUACACAGAGUCUGAUUUCGCACGGUCUGGGAACAAAGCUACAAUGGCCGUGACGCUCGAUUCUGGGCCAUUGCCACAGUUCACACACUCCAUGGAGCCACAACUGCGGCAACUUGGGUUACCAACUGCACUGAAGAAAGGUGUCGUGACAUUGUUGAGUGAUUAUGAAGUAUGUAAAGAGGGAGCCACUCUGACAGCUGAACAGGCGCGCAUUCUGAAACUACUUGGUAUUGAGAUGGCCACCUUCAAAGUGACAAUGAAUUGUCUAUGGAACUCUGAAACUGGUGAAUUUGAAAAACUGGGAGCCAUUGAUGUUGGAAAAAGCAAAGAUAUGGCAGUAAUGGAUGAUUAGCAAGGAGUUCGAGGGCUUUGUCCUUUGCUUGUCAUCUGUGUGAAACUGACUAAGCAAUGGAUUGAAUGAGAGAUGAAUUGUUACAUUUGCGGAAACCAACUUCAGUGCAGCUUUUUAAUAAAUAUGUGAACCAUGAA